CGGACCGGGACCCGUUCCGCGACAUGGCCGGAUUCUGUCUCCGAGCUGGACGAAUCACCUUCGCCUCUCUGGCCCCUUGCCUCUGACGCCUAUCUCCGUUUCGGCGGACAAAUAAAAAAAUGGCCCCUCCCCCUCUCUGCCAUCCGUUCCCCUGUGGCGAGCCCCCUCCGCCGCCGCCGCCGCAGCGACCCCCCUCCGGCGACCAAACCGACGCCGCUUCGGAGCCAAGCAAACCAAGCUUGAAAGGAGGGGCUUCGGGAGAGUACGCUUACCAAACGAAGAAUAGAGGAUUAGAAAGGCUCCCCCAUUUGUCUUUUCCUUUCUUUUCUAUUCUUUGUCCUUCAAACAAUUAUCCGGCAAUUGGAGGAUUUAUUCCUUGUUCUCGGAUAAUCGCUUGGUCCAAUCCAAUCCUGGCCUUGGAUUAUCUUGUUCUCUCACAAGCAGUUAAUCAACAUCCUUAUCAAGGUGUCUGUGUCUCACAAUGUGUUAAUACGAGUGCAAGUUCAGUACAAUAGCCUUCACUGUCAGCUCGACCUGAUGAUAUAAUGUCUAGAAAGCAGCAUAUUGCAAUAUUCACAACCGCCAGUCUUCCAUGGAUGACUGGAACUGCUGUGAACCCUUUAUUUCGUGCCGCUUAUCUUGCAAAGAAUGGUGACAGGGAAGUUACUUUGGUGAUUCCUUGGCUCUCCUUGAAGGAUCAAGAAUUAGUUUAUCCAAACAAAAUUACAUUCGAUUCACCAUCCGAACAUGAAGGCUAUGUUCGUCAGUGGCUUGAGGAGAGGACUGAUUUUAUAUCUAGUUUCAGAAUAAACUUCUAUCCUGGAAAGUUCUCCAUAGAAAUGAGGAGCAUUCUACCUGUUGGUGAUAUCACAGAGAGCAUUCCUGAUGAAGAGGCAGAUAUUGCUGUUCUUGAGGAGCCUGAGCAUCUUACUUGGUACCAUCAUGGAAAAAAGUGGAAAACCAAAUUUUGGCGAGUAAUAGGUGUUGUCCACACCAAUUAUUUGGAGUAUGUGAAGAGAGAGAGAAAUGGCCUGAUAGCCUUUUUUGUGAAAUAUGCCAGUAGUUGGGUUACACGUAUCUACUGCCACAAGGUUAUCAGAUUAUCAGGUGCUACCCAAAAUUUCCCAAGAUCCAUCAUCUGCAAUGUUCAUGGUGUCAACCCAAAAUUUCUUGAUGUUGGCAAGGUAAAGCUUGGGCAGCUACAGAAGGGGGAGCAAGCCUUUACCAAGGGUGCCUACUAUAUUGGUAAGAUGGUGUGGAAUAAGGGCUACAGAGAGCUUCUUCAACUACUCUCAAAACACCAAGACAAAUUAUCUGGACUUCAAGUGGAUUUAUAUGGAAAUGGAGAAGACUCUGAAGAAGUUCAACAAGCUGCAAAUAAAUUGAGUUUGCCUGUAAGAGUUUACCCUGGUCGUGAUCAUGCUGAUCCUUUAUUUCAUGACUACAAGGUGUUUCUGAAUCCAAGCACCACUGAUGUGGUCUGUACAACCACGGCAGAAGCACUGGCAAUGGGAAAAAUUGUCAUCUGUGCCAACCACCCUUCAAAUGAGUUUUUCAAGCAGUUUCCCAAUUGCCACAUAUAUAAUAGCAGCGAUGAAUUUGUGAAAUUAACUGUCAAAGCUCUGGCUGAAGAUCCUGCUCCACUGAUAGAUGAUUUGAGGCAUGAGCUGUCAUGGGAAGCAGCCACGGAAAGAUUUGUGGCAGCUGCUGAGCUAAACCAGGUUGUUUCUGAGGAGGUUCCCCCUUCUUCAUCCAAUCCUUUUGCAUCAACCUCUUUUAAAUCUCGUAAAUUGAGUGUGGAGGAAGCCACUGCAUCCUUGCAUCAAACCAUUUCUGGAAUCGAGUCAGCACGUCGUGCAUUCGGUGCAAUCCCGAAGAGUUUGCAACCUGAUGAGCAACAGUGUAAGGAGCUUGGGUUAGUUAUUCCAGAACGGAAGGGGAGUUCUAGACGUUGAUGCUGCAGAUUGAAAUCAACACACAUAUCAACAGUGACAUUGAGGUUUCGGUUUGUAAUUCAUAUUCUCAAUUCAAAUCUAGCAGCUCAUUUAAGAGAGAGAGAGAGAGAGAGAGAGAGAGAGAGAGAGAGAGAGAGAUCUAAUUGUAUUUUUGUGAUGUGAGUUGUAACAUAUCUGGGAUAUCGAGAAUUCUAGCAUCAUUCCAAAGCAAUGUAUUUCACAACAGGAAUCUUUUACUUAAUAUAUUAGAAUUGCAAUGUA